GGACAAACUCAAAGGGAGAUUUCACAGUGGAGGGACCUGAGCUGUGAUACAAAAUGGAUUUGCUACCAAGAGCUUUGAUUCUCAGUCUUCUGUCAUCUGCUGUGUGGAGUCAGGCCCCUGUUGUCACUGUGGAGCCGAAGGUCGUCACUGUCCGCCAGGGGGAGUCCGUGAGCUUCAGGUGCAAAGCGGGCGCUUCUCCGUCAAACGUGGUGUGGAGAAAAACCAACAGCCAGCGGCUUCCAGAUAACGUCAAGAUCGGCCCUGAUAACCUCCUGCUGACCAUUGUCAACGUGCGCCCCGACAACCAGGGCCAGUACCGCUGUGUGGCGGGGGUCCCCGCGGGAAGAGCGUUUGACACGGCCAUCCUCAAUGUCAAAUUCCCACCUAAAGUCCGCCUGAGCCCAGCAGGACCCCUCAGAGUCAGGAUGGGAGACCCUGUGGCAGUGGAGUGUAGUGCCACGGGCCGACCACGACCAAAGAUGACCUGGAAACGCCAGGGGUCCACACUGCAGCUGGUGACCACCACUACAAGUGACAUCAACACCAUCCAGUGGCCUGCUGUGCGCCCUGAGGACUCAGGAUUGUAUCUCUGCCAGGCUGAAAACACAGAGGGCAUGAGCGUGGGCAAAGUGGAGAUUAUUGUGGAGGGGGGACCAGGGGCCCCUGUGGCCUCAGUCAGCCCCACACAGAUAACGGCCAUUGAGGGGCACACAGUCACUAUACAGUGUCAUGCCACGGGCUCACCGACUCCAGAGAUCACCUGGUCCAAGCUCAGAGCUCCAUUGCCAUGGAAACACACUGUGGAGGGUGGAGUCUUGACUUUGAAUAGCGUGGGCCGCCAAGACUCGGGACAGUACAUCUGUAAUGCCACUAACAUACACGGCUACAGCGAGGCCUACACAGACAUGGAGGUCGAGACGCCCCCUUAUGCCACCUGUUUGCCUGACCACCUGAGGCUUCACGCUGGCGACGCCCUCCGGCUCCAGUGUCUCGCUCAUGGCACUCACCCCAUUUCUUUCCAGUGGAGCGUUUCAGGCCGUGCCGCACUGCCUCCUGGAGCAGAGGUGACCAAGGAUGGAAAACUGUUUGUUCCUCACAUCAGGGCGGCUGACAGUGGAACAUACACAUGUGUAGCCACUAAUCACAUUGGCUCCAGCACCUCCACUGCCAGAGUCACUGUGAGAGGUGAGCCAUGGGAACGCAGGCUUUUCAUUACACUUCAUUAUUUCUUAAAACUGUAA